AUGUUUGGCAGGUUUGACAGAUUUGACACUCCCAGCAACCACAUCCUCAAGGUAAGCAUUUUUAUGAUAUUGUAGGUUGCGUAAGAUGGUGUAUUGUUUGGUAUUACCUCAUAUCACGUAUGGCUGGGGAUAUUAGGUAAUAUGUAAUCAAAAACUUGCUUUGCGUAAGGUCUAAUGCUGCUAUCGUGGGAUUUUAGAGGAUGGAGAACAUGGUUAUUGGAGUGGGCUCCAGAAGACCGAAAGCAACCGAGCAUGUGGUCCGAUUGGCUGUCUUAGCCAUCAUUGUGGAGAAGGCGAAGACGGAGGGCGGUUAUGAGAGUUUCUUGACCAUUUCCAAACGGUUCAACAAAUGGGUGAUGGAUCGGGAGUUCAUCAACCCUGUAAGUCUACCUUGUUCUAUUGUUUUUGUUAUCUUUUUUCUCUUUUACCCACUGAAUGCUCCCCUAAUUUGCCCAAUUAUCUCCUAAUCUAAUGCUCAGUUAUAUGUAUACGACAUUCAGAAGUUUACGGUUGGUUCCAUAGUGGAGAUCAUAAUUGAGGAGACCACCGAGUUGAACAACCGAUCCCAUGUGAGAAUCCUUCAAGUUGUCCCAUUCCGUCCGGAUAUCUUGUCACUGAAGCUGCAUCUCCAGAACAAUAUUCUUGUCCUCCGCGGGUUUUGUAUGAAGUGUGAUAUAGUGAAGAUCACUGACAACGACCACUUUGGAGCCUAUUUUGAUGAUGAUGUCGCGAUGAGGAUCCUCUUUCCCAAACAUCUCUCUGAAGAGUUCGAAAAGAUGUCGGAGAUUGAGCUUUUUGCGGUAAGUUCUCAUUAAUAUUGAAAGUGCUUGUUAUACUCGGCUUUUAACUUCUCUUAUUUCAGUUCGAAGCUCUUUAUUAUCCCGAUUACAUGCCGCGACAGUAUUUCGUUGCGUUUACUUGGAGUUUAAACCCCAAAGAAGGAUUCCACAAGGUAUAGAGGGCGGUCUGUUUUUUUAAAUAUUAAUUUAGUUCCCGGAAGUUCAUGACCCAAGGAACUACUCUUCAAAAUUUGUUUCUGGCCUUCUAAACACUACUCUUUCUACUUUAGAAAGUCGGUCAUCAAAGAUUGCAACGUCAUCGGGAGCUUCGAGUAGUAAGAUUAAUAUUUUUUGUUAACAAUGUAUGGGAGAUGAUUUAUAAAUUUUGGUUUUCAAUCGAGCAAAAGCGGCGAAUUCAGUGCAAACUUAAAUUUGGGCUAAAUUUCGGCUGAUAUUCUCCAAGUAAGGUUUAAAUUUCACUCCAAAAAUGCCCAAUUCUGUCCAAAUCAUGGCUGGAUUGGAAAACGAAAGGUAUAAAUCACCUCCCAUGUAUUCAAUUUCACUUGCAGUUUUUGGGUUUAGGUCGAAAGACGGAUGGAAAGACCGUCAGCACCCCAUUCGGAGGAAGAACUAUAACUCCACACACUUCCGAAAUCUCAUCAAGAUUGGCCGAAAGAAAGGAAGAAGAAAAUGGUAAGAACGGACUACUUUCUUCUCCAGUUUUAGGAAGUACUCAGGACGAGGGUUCUUCGCUUGCUCCGAGUGAUAUUGAGUCCAUUUCCACGAUCGAAAUAGAGGUUCCAGAGAGAAAGGGUAAUUUUUUUCGUAUAUGUGUGUAUGAUGUAAGGUUUGGUAGAAGGAUGGGUUCACUCGUAUUUUUGCAGCUAUUCCGUCAACCUCGACUAUUCAGACUGAGAACACGAUCAAAAGUUCUGUCGGAGAGGACGUCAAGUCUGACGGGAACGGGAGUCUAGACCUGGAAGAAGCCAGAUCGAAUGCAGUUUCUUUGGAUGAGGUGUUUGAAGACGAAAGUAAUGUCAUGAACAACAGCGCCAGUAGUCAAUGUGAGUUUAUUCUACUUUAAUUUAUAUGGUUUCGUCCUUAGGGGAUCUCUACAAGAGUUAUAUGUCAUCGAUGUCCAGUGAAAUUUCCAGAACCUUCAGCGACGCCCAUUUUGUUUCCUGGAAAGAUGUGAAAAUCUCGUCGAUUAAGAACAAUUACAUCUUUGUUGGAAACUUUGUAGGUUGGAUUUGGCUCUGUUAUGUUAGUUUUAGCUGUUGGAUAUCCUCGGAAUUUGUUACAAAGUAACGGCCAACUCUUCUUCUAUCUGGACUGCAAGAGGAAGUUUUUCAUACAAGAAGAAGCUCAGUGUCGGGCUAUGGGUUAAGUGCAUCGCUCAUACAACGGACGGCGAGGUCAUCGCUGCUACUCCUGUUAUUUCUCCGAUCCAUACCAGAAUUGUUGACGAGGAUGAGAGAGGAAAGAAGCUUGUGGUAAGUGUAAUAAAUAUAUCGUAUUAUGAUUAUAUAUUGUGUCGCAAAGAAAAAAAAGUUACGUAAAUAAUCUUUCCAGUUCUUUGGCUCGAUUUAUAUGGAUGGGGAAUAUGCCUACAACCGUUAUCUGGGCAAUGAGUAUCAGAAGGGACUCGUGAGAAGUGAUAAACUCCAAAGAGUCGCCGCCGAAUUCACUGUGCAAUUCGAGAAAGGAACCAUCAAAUGGGAAAAGAUCCACGAAGGUGUUCAACCAAGAAGGCUGAACCCGGCCAAAUCAAUCUACUCUCACAAGGAUGGCACCGUCAACAAUGAGUAUGUCAUCAAUAAAUGCCGCCUUCAACUCAAAACUGAGGCCGAAUAUGAAGCUGCUAAAGGAGACGUUUCUUUGGCGAUUCUCUCGGAAUCCGUUUCCUAG